AUGACAUCUGCCGAACCAGCCAUCAUACCCACACAACAUAACAACCCCCACAGUCCACUUCCCGACGACAUGGUAGCUCCUAUCUUCGCAUCCUCGCGGACUCCGCCAGAAUCCCCUCGUAGGAACUACAGGUCCUUUUCUGUGAAUGGGUUUGGUAUUUCCGUGUCGCCGACCAAGAAGUCGCCCAAGCAUGGCGCCAACAAGAAGUCGCCCAAGUCCAACCGCAGAGCGUCGUAUCAUGUCCCUGAGAACAACUCUCCUACUCGCCUAACCAUGGGCGACGCGAGUCUUCCCAACAACUUCAAUCUGAGUCCGCUGCCUCCCAGCAGUCGUCCCAUGCCGGCCACAGCUGCGGCACCCGUUGUGGGACAUCAUCAGAAGAACACGUGCUUGGUCGGAUUUGAUCCCCUCUUGAACAGUGCUACGAAACCAAGCAGUUCUACUGCCAAGAGGGAUACCCGACAACCUCCUUUGACUCCAAAGUCGACACGAGACAACGCUUCUGCCGUCAACACUCCCAUGACCAAUCUGACCUUGUCGCCCCCGAGUCCACCCAGGCAAGAUGCCGAAAUGAAGACUGAACUCGGCAGACUCGCAAAGGACUUGUCCGCGGCCAGUCCUCACAGGCCCACUCUACUAGUAGUACUAGUGGAGGAAAGAGUGUCAAGCCCAAAUUUGGAAGAGCCGCUUCCUUGA